GCGCCAACAAAAACACCCUUUCGAUCUCUCUAUAAAUCCCACCCCUCCUCCAAAUUCCUCUUUGUAAAUAAAUAAAAAUUGUUGUUCGAAUCAGGAUUUCAUCCCAUCUCAAACUCUCAAUCUCUUAUUUGAAAUCCAUUGCCAGCGUUUAAUCGCCAGUAUACCGACUCGAAUACAAUCGCAGCAGUAGAAAUAUACUGAUUUCAAGGUUGGUUUGGGUAAAAAUUAAGCGUGAUUCCUAGAAUUAGCUUCGUGAUUGGUGGAGUAAUAGAUAAAGGCGAAGAAGCUGAUGCCAAAUCCCAAUCGCAGCUAGGAUCAAUUUUUUUUCAUGGCCGCCAAUGCGCAGUCACAGCAUCGCUGCGUUUUCGUUGGGAAUAUACCGUAUGAUGCUACUGAAGAGCAACUCAUUCAGAUAUGCGAGGAGGUUGGCCCGGUUGUUUCCUUCAGAUUAGUUACUGAUAGAGAAACUGGAAAACCAAAGGGUUAUGGGUUCUGUGAGUACAAGGACGAAGAGACAGCUUUGAGUGCUCGUCGGAAUCUUCAGGGUUAUGAGAUAAAUGGUCGCCAGCUAAGAGUUGACUUUGCUGAGAAUGACAAGAAUGCUGACAAGAACCGGGAACAGGGGCGUGGUGGUCCUGGUGUUGGCUCGAUUGAUGCUCCAAAACAAUUUGGGGGUCAAGCAGUCCUUGGACAUCCCAGUCUUCAUCAGCCAGUAGGAGAUUCAGUUGCUACAGCUGCUGCAAGUGUUAUGGCAGGGGCUCUUGGAUCAGCUCAGACUGCUAGCAUACCAAAUCAGAUUGGAUUACAGAACCCGUCCUUGUUAGGCAGUGAUCCUCUGACUCGACACUUGGCCAAAAUGUCGAGGAGUCAGCUGACCGAAGUUUUGUCUGAACUUAAGGCACUGGCUACGCAAAAUAAGGAACAAGCCCGGAAACUAUUGCUCGGCAUCCCCAACUUGUCCAAAGCUAUUUUCCAGGUUGAGAUUAUGCUUGGGGUAGUGUCACCUCAAAUGUUGCAGACACCCAAUAUUCGGCAAGCUUCGAACCAACCAGUUCAGCCUUUGGUGCAAAGUUCUCAAACUCUUUCUGGGCUACCCCCACUUCCACAAAACAAAAUGCAAUUAGGAUCGCUGCCUUUUGCACAAGAUAGUCGAGUGUCUGCUGGUGUACCAAACCAAUAUACUGCACUCCAGAAAUUUCCUAUGCAAACUCAGAUUCAACAUCCGCAACUAAAUCAGAACCAAGUCAUGCAGCAAGCUCAACUGCUUGCACUAUCUGGAGUUUCCUCCCAUCCCUCUAUGCAUCCUCAGUCAUUGAGUGGUUUGUCAGUUGUACAGCAAAUUCCAGUGCCAACUUCUUCUUUCAACCAGCAAAUGCAACAUCCCAUGUCACAAAAUAUAGGCUCAGUUCCGACUGUGAGUUCAGGGUACAAUGCUGUGCCAAGGUCUCAGACUGUUUCCACCCAUGCUUCUUCUGUGCUUGUAAAUCCACAAUUUUCAGCGACAGGCUUUCAGCGUAGCACCUCAACAUCUUCUGGGAUGACGGAAGAUGUGGAUUUGAAAGGACAUGCUUUAAAUGUCCCUAGUAAGACAAGCCAGAUUGAUAGAGCAGCAAAACUGGUGAUAUUGAAUGAUGGAAGAGCUACUCCUUUACAGGCUGUGAACGUAAUUUCACCUAUGUCCGCACCACUCCAGUCUUCAGGAAUUCCAGGACGACAACCUCCAAGAACAGAAGAAAUUCCAGACACUGGGAAAACUCAGAUGCAACUUCCCCCCGACUUGGAUCCUUCCGUGCUUCAGCAACUGCUAAAUCUGACUCCGGAGCAGCUAAGUUUACUGCCACCAGAUCAGCAGCAACAAGUAAUGCAACUUCAACAGAUGCUCCGGCAGGCUACAUAGUUCAACCUUUCUAGCCCCACAAAUUGCAUCGGCUUUAUUAAUCCUUCCUCGAACGAGUUUAGAAGGGAAUUCAAUUGUUUACUGCCAAUUUUACAGUGUAAAAUAUUGUUAGGUGUACACUAGAUGCACUAGAGUUGUACCAUUCAUGUAACGUUGUGAGAGCUUGUAUUGGAUGUACACAUCAAUGAGAUGAAAAGAAAUUUUGACUUA